AUGGACUGCUUCUUCACAAACAUCAGGCGCUGUGCCUUGGACAAACUUGCAACUUUAUCCGUCACAGAAGCAGGCUGCGAUGACCUGUCGGACCUCACGCGGCUCUCGCAACAGUGUCCGCACCCAUCGAGUCGUUCGAACGUCUCGCCAGAUGGUGUCGUAAACAAUAAGACCACGAUCUCCCAGUUGCCGAUGGAUUCUAGAGAAUUGGAUGUACUUCUCGCUUUAUGCGAUGCUGCGCCUUCCGUUACCGAAUUUGAACACGCUUCGAAAUUGGCGACCCAACUGUUCCCCUACCUUCCCGAGUCUCACAGCCAAUGCUUUCGGCCGUCGCCCUUCCUGAAUAACAUGAAGCCUUCACCUUGGGAGACGCUCACUCGUAAGCUGACAUCGUCACUGCUCUCACUGGGCUCCAAUCAUCCUGCGUUACGCUCAACCACUCUCAGCGCUGUCAACGAGUAUUUAUAUAGCUGCGCGGAUUCUAUUGAUGCCAUUACACCUCUUCAGCGCUACGAUUCUGCAGGCGACAAUUACGGCGCCGUUCAAGAGCACAAGCGCAUACUAUCACUCGCCGUUUCCCUUGUUGGAUUUUUAGAAGCAUCCGCACAGUUUCCCUCGCUUUGGUCUGCCAGUGAAAAACUGCAGAUUGUCGAGCACGUACGAUCCAUGUUGUCUGAAGGCUUCAUGGUUGCAAUUGAGACCGCCUCGUCCACUGUGCGCAAUGCGAGCAUGGCUGAUCCUACGUUGAGGGACUGGAGAAGGUACACCCGACGAUAUGCUGCAAAUAGACGUCCUCUAGGUGCUAUGCUCCUGCAACAAGGGUUCAUGCGUUUCGUCAAAUCGUGCGCUACUUCCCUUGUUGGAGCUCAAAGUUUGUCUGACGAAGAGCUUCUCGACGACUACAUGAAUGGUGUUGGGAUUGCCAGGAGUAACGAUGACGCUGAAAUCACCCUCAUUGAUCGUAUAACAGAGAUAAUUGCUGACGAAAUUCAACUCCUUGAAGACGGUUCAGAUUAUCUUCAACUCGGCUCACCCUGGCAAAAACAGCUUACCUUUUCUGUGAAAUCGUUUGCUCUUAUUGGAUAUCUGAACUGUGUCAUAUUGAGUGGAAAUGCCGCCAACAGCGGGGCCUUUCUAUCUUGGUUGGAGGACGCACUGGCAGACCCAAAUCAAAUGGCAAGUCUUGAGCUUGCAACGGCAACUCUGAAAAGCAUAGCUAUCAUUUCGAGGAUGUCUCUGGCCAGUGCAUCCUCUGGAAGCCGCUCUCUUCUGAGGUUCAUUAUCGAAGGGUGCGUGCUAGGAGAACACACUGGCUCUGUUGCUGGAAAGUGCCUGGCUCAAGUCCUUGGCAUUCUGUCUCAAGAUGCCAUCAUAACCACUCUCUACUCGCUCGGGAACGCUUUGAGCCCCGGCUCAGGUACCGACAAAUAUUAUCAUGGACAGCUCUUAAAUGAGAAUGCUGGGCAUCCCGACAGUGUUUCUUCCAUUCCACCACCAGUCGGUAAUGGUAGUGUGGUCUCCCUUUCAGCCAUUGGUGACCAUGAUAAUGCAACCUGCAGAAAUAUUCUCCGUGCUAUUGUGACAAUUGCAACCAGCUCUAAUGAUGAGAAAAUCAGUGCACUAGCUCAAUCAAUGCUUUUACAAAAGAUCGGCAAAGUCAACAUUGCAGUGGACUCUCUCAUCAUUAGAGAAACUGCCUCGCUUUCUUUGAGCACAGGACAGGCAGAGUUUCAGCUCCUGCUCAAAUUCUAUGACCGUGCUUAUCAAGACGGUAUCACCCGGAAUCUUUGUGAUGUCAUGAACGCAGUCAAGGGCGCAAUGACAUACAUAUCUCUCGCGCUGAGAAGGGAUUCCCCGCUUUUUCGUGUCUAUUUAAUUCAUCUCCUGGAAUGUAUUGUGAAUAAAGGUGAUGCAAUAGGUGAAGGUGAGCGACAAAAGGAGGUUAUUCUAGCACCAGAGGCUAUAAGUUUUCUCCUCAGACCUCUAGCUCUCCUCAUUUCAUCAGACGAAGAGGAAACGGGGACACAACAGACAGAUGUGAUUUUUGACGAAGACAUCACCGCUCUGUUUCGUGAUGCUUGGUUUAAUAUCUCUGUUCAUGGGAUCUCGACUCAGUCAGUAGUUGCUCAAAGUCAUAUUCGAGAAUUACGCUUGCUCGCAAAGCACUCUCCGCCCCUGAUUGCCGAGAGUCGCAUGGAGAUGCUCGAGAGUGACGUGGAGCUUAACACAAUCCUCAGACGCGGAAUGAGCCCCCAACGGUUGAUAGAGCUCAAGAGAAUUCUAAUGGCCGAGCUUCCUGAUUGCGAAUCAGGGAUUAAACAUCUGAAUUAUCCAAAAGUGGUGUUUCUCAACGCUUCUUUGUUAGUUGAGAGCCUCCGUGCGUCGUCGGGAAAUUGCACCAAAGUUCUCAGUUAUUUCCGCGACCCGGCCUUGACUACAGCUGACAUGGCCAAUUGUAUGAGCUCCAUUGCAGAUAAAGUUGUCGCCGACUACCUGUCCCUGACCCUAUCUGCGAAUGAUGAGAAUUUCUCUGUUCCAUACUUGUCGAAGGAAUUGGCUCAAUUCUUCAUGGCUUGCUGUCAUCGUAUAGAACGAGUGCAGAGCGUCGCCAUGCUGUGCGCAGAUAAGAUCAUUAGAGAAUGCCCAUCGGCUCUCUGUGAUAAACAUUCCCUUUUCGCUCUUCUUGAAUUGCUGACUGUAAUGUGGCUGUCGUGUCUUGAGGAAGAGCUUGAUGAAUUCGAGUGGAAAGCUUCCUGUGCAUCGCCGAUGGGAAUUGUGAAGGUUGAUCUUGCCGACAACUAUAAUGCCAGGAAGAGAACUCUGAAUACACUCCUGGAGCGAGCUAAAGCGUGGGUAGCAGCGGUUAUAGAUAUUGCACCUCUGGAUACAUACCUGUCCAUUUCAAACGACACCGUUGACGGCAGCCACAUCUUGUUGGGUCGUUCAUUCGCGCUCGAUAUGGGCUCGACAAUUCCCCGAAGCGAUCAGCGACUCGGAUGUAUUCAGAGCUCCGGGAUUAGCAGGGUCAACGUUGCCUCCGACUUUAUUGCUCAAUACACCAUCCGUCAGCAGUACCGGGCCUCAGACCUGCUGGUGACCAAAUAUCUGGAACAGGGAUCCAUAGAGAACAAUGGCGAAGACUGUGGAAAGAUCGCGCGAGGCCUCCUGGAAUCCAGCGAGCACGUCAAGAAUAUGCUGCAUCGUCUCCAUGAUCAGCUCAAGGCGGGAAAUGGUGUUGUCCUUUCUGAAUUCAGAGAUACACUGCGAAGAGCUGCUGCUGUUUUGUGUGGCUCAGACUACUUUCAGCCCUCAAUUCUUCACUACCUGGUCAUUUUGCCGUUUCAACUAUUCUCAGAGGAGUCGAUGAACGUUGGUGUUGCACUGUGGCUUGGAGCGAUACAUGAAAAUCCAAAGCUUGAACCGAGGAUCCUCGCAGAAGUAAUAGAAGCUUGGGAGGAGACUAUUCAGCGCAGGAGGGGUUUGUUCGACCUUUCUUUCGACUACGUUGACCCGAUGUAUGCGAAGAUUGAGCUCCUUCCCAGUGACAAAGCUCUAUUGUUGAAGAAGCAACAGAAGGCUCAGGCUACUUUCGCGCCGCAUCUUAUUGCCCUUCGUUUUUUCGAGAGCCAUUUCAAUGCGGUUCGAUUGAACAGCGCCCAGAACAGCCGGCUAUUCGGUCGGCUUAUUGAUAGAACGACUGUCGGGCUUCUGCAAACAAGCGGCCAUCCCUUGGCUAGAGAGUUGCAUUUCCGUAUUGUUCUCUUUGGCUUAAGGGUUAUACAGGAUUCUUAUCAACCAGAUAAGGUUGCUUUGUGGAAGCUCAGCGAUCAAAUAUUGUCUGCUGCGCUCAAUUGGUUCAAGCAUCCACCGAGGUGGUCCUUUGGGGGCAAUAGGUUGCAGGUUAAAGCCGAAGACCAAAUACUUGACGAUGUUGCCCGUGCUUUAGGUCGUCUUUCAACUGUGCCCUCUCCCACUCGAGGCAACUUCAAGCCGCUGCAAUACAAGCACGAUCUUCUUCAGCUGCUCAUAGAACAUGAGAGGUCUCGUCUAAGGGUCUGGCUAUUUCCUUUGGAAGGGGAACGAAAGCAUUUCCAGAUUUCUGGAAACAGGAAUUCUGCAGAGGAAGCUAUUCAUCUUCUGCGGCUUGCCUGGACUGAGAGUCCAGGGCUAGCGAUCCAAUUGUCGUCGCGUUACUCAUCCUCGAAGAUGAAGAAUGAUAUACGUUGGUUACUGCUCAAUUUCCCUGAGAAGGCUUUGGACGAGCCGAGCAGUCUCGAGGUUAUGUUGGGUGCAGCACUGCCCUCGGACGUCUCUUUUCAGUUGAAGUACGCCAUGAGAGCACUGGAGAGCCACCCCAUAGAUGUUCGUUUCUACUUCGUCCCACAGCUUGUCCAGGCUCUGCGUUACGAUGCGCUGGGCUAUGUAGAGCGUUAUAUCCUUGAGACAGCCAAACAAUCCCAAUUAUUUGCCCAUCAAGUGAUUUGGAACAUGAAAGCCAACUCUUAUAAGGACGAAGAUUCUCAGAUUCCUGACCCGCUCAAGCCGACACUUGACCGUUUCAUGGACACUCUCAUUUCUAGCUUCAGCGACGAGGAACGUGAUUUCUAUGAAAGGGAGUUUUCUUUCUUCAACGACAUCACGGGUAUAUCAGGCAAGCUUCGGCCAUAUAUCAAGAAAAGUAAACCCGAAAAGAAGGCAAAGAUCGAGGAGGAACUUCGAAAAAUAAAAGUCGAGAUUGGUGUAUACCUUCCGAGCAAUCCGGAUGGCGUCGUCGUUGGAAUCGACCGAAAAUCCGGUAAACCACUACAGAGCCACGCGAAGGCUCCAUACAUGGCAACUUUUCGGAUUCAAAAGACAAGGAAUCGUGGAGAUGAACGGGAUUCCCAGGGUCCAUCCCGCCCGAAUACUUCUAGCCAUGAUGACUCGACGAAGACUUUGUCGGCGCCUCUGCAUUCUCCUUCAUCCCAAGAGACCUACGAGGUCUGGCAGUCGGCUAUCUUCAAGGUUGGUGAUGACUGUCGCCAGGACAUGCUAGCUUUGCAGAUGAUUGCGGCUUUUCGCAGUAUCUUUGCCAGUGCAGGGCUUGACGUUUGGGUAUUCCCAUACAGAGUGACUUCAACGGCCCCUGGCUGCGGAGUAAUUGACGUUCUUCCCAACUCCAUCUCUCGUGAUAUGCUAGGUCGCGAAGCAGUAAAUGGACUUUACGACUACUUCAUUUCAAAGUACGGUGGGGAGCAUUCCACGCGUUUCCAGGAAGCGCGAACGAAUUUUGUGAAGAGCAUGGCUGCUUAUUCAGUCAUCUCUUACCUUUUGCAGUUCAAAGACCGGCAUAACGGUAACAUUAUGAUCGAUGAUGCUGGCCAUAUCAUACACAUUGACUUCGGCUUCUGCUUUGACAUUGCUCCAGGUGGUGUACGUUUUGAGCGCGCACCUUUCAAGCUCACAUCCGAGAUGGUGGCUGUCAUGAGUGGCACUUCACAUCCACAUAUUCAUUCACACGGCGGCUCAAACGGAGGGCACUCCAGCAACCCCACUUCUACACAGCCGUACCGGUGGUUUGAAUCCCUGGUCAUAAAGGCAUUCCUCGCAUCCCGUCCCUUUUGCACCAAGCUCUCUCAUAUUGUGUCUUUGAUGCUCGAUAGCGGCCUGCCCUGCUUCAAACCUGAUACGCUCAAGAACUUCCGUGACAGGUUUGUCCUAGAGAAGAAUGAGAGGGAAGCAGCCGAGUACAUGCGGGAUCUCAUCCGCAAGUCCUACAUGAGCGUUUCAACAAAGGGAUAUGAUCAGUUUCAGUUGUUGACAAACGGAAUACCUUACUGA